UAUUGGCAACAUGGUCACGACCGAACAGUGGAGAUAGCUACCUCGCUAUAGAAGGAGCGAGGAUGAGUGGCGGACGCGGCAGCCGCGGGGCUGGCCGGAAACGUCCGGCGGCUGGGAGAGGGGCGUCCGAGCCCCCGCCUUUCGACGACGACAUCGUGUGUGAGGUGCAGGCCCUGUUCAGUAAGGUCAGAGGUUACCGGCGGCCGGAGGGCGGGGCUUGGAGGCUGCCGGAGGCGGGGUCUGUGCUGACGGAACCCCCCCAGCUCCACCCACGGCUGCAGGAGCUCAAGCGCUCGCUCAACGCCGUCAAGAACCAGCUCAGCGACAAGGACCUGGAGACCUGGCACCAGCACACCUGCUCCACCAACAGAGCCGGCACCGUCACCGCACACCUGCGCACCACCGCCAACGCAGAGCUGUGCACGCAGGCGUGGGCCAAGUUCUAUGAGGUGUUGGGCACGUUCGAACUGCUCCCAGCGGAGGCACUGCAGCAGGGCGAGCUGCACUCGGUGCACCUGUGCGAGGCCCCGGGCGCGUUCAUCUCCGCUCUCAACCACUUCCUGCGCACUCAGCUGCCUGCUGCCAAGCACUGGACCUGGGUGGCUAACACGCCAACCUCCUUCACGGGGCCAACGCGCCGCGACACCAUCGCCGGCGACCGCUGCUGACGCCGCACGCUGCCCUGGUGGUUCUUCGGCUCGGACGACACGGGCGACAUCACGCGGCGGGAGCACCUGCUGGAGCUGCAGGCGCUGGUGCGUCGCCACGGCGACCGCGCGGGCACACACCUGGUGACGGCGGACGGCAGCUUCGACUGCCAGGAGGGACCGGCGAAAGCAGGGAGGCGCGGUGGCCCCUGCAGCUGGGCGAGGGGCAGGCGCCUCAUGGUCCUAGCCAGCAACGGCUCGCUCGUCCUCAAGAUGUUCACGCUUCUGGAACAUUCCAGCGUCUGCCUGGUCUACCUGCUGGCCUGCUGCUUCCGACAGCUCAGCGUCUUCAAGCCCGCCACCAGCAAGCCCGGCAACUCGGAGCUCUACCUGGUGUGUGUGGGCUUCCAGCCGCCGGACACGCUGCGUCCCCUCCUGGCCAAGCUGCUGCGGCUCUACGGGCCCGACAUGACCAGAGGGGGCGCCGUGGGGCUCUUCCCCGCACGCUGCAUUCCCGACUCGUUCCUACGGCAACACGAGGAGGUGUGCGUGUUCUUCCACGACCUGCAGGUGGCCACCAUCAGAGAGAACCUGGAGCUGUUCGGACACACGCACACACACACACACACACACACGGCUUCAGAGGUCACGCAGAGGUUGGAGCGGGUCAGGGAGUGUACCGCCAUCUACUACACACAACGCUUCCAGGUGCGUCCCCUGUCGCGUAAGAGCUGGCUGACGCGGGGUGUGUGUGUGAGCGGCGUGUGGGCGCUGGGCAGUGUGUGGUCGGGCCUGUGGGGGGGGCAGCACAGUCUGCAGCGUGGCUCCUUCAACCAGCGGCAGCAGCAGCGCACACACACCUGGCGCCAGCGCCUCACACACACACCCUUCCGUCAGUGGGCCGAGCGGCACCGCGCGCACACACACACACACCCCGAGGGCCUGGACGCGUGUGUGGCGCUGAGCGGCCCGCACGGACACGACCCCCUCACCUGGUACCUGGUCGUGGGCGGCGCCCUGCCCGAGGUGCGCAGCUCGCCCUUCUGUGAGCCGGGGCUGCUGGGAUUGCUCAACCAGGCGCUGGCGGAGAGCAGCGGUCAGCAGGUCGGAGGUCACAGGGUCGCCGAGGGGGCGCUGCGUCCGCAGAUGCCUGUGUGCUUCGGCUGCGCGAACACCUCCCCCCCCGCCCUGCUGGCAGAGCUGUGCGGCCGCAACCAUGUCACUUUCUGUCUGGUGCUCGGCGAGCAGUCCUGGUGGGGCGUGUCCUCGUCGCUAGGGGGCGUGGAGUUCUGCCCUGACCCGUGUCCAGCCCCGUGGCCUGGCGUCCGGCCCCUCCUGCACGACGGCGAGCCGGCCUAUCAGAGCGCCCUGCUGCGGUGUGUGCUGGCGGCGCUGCCACGGCUCCCGGCGGGCGGCACCCUGGUGGUCCCGCUGCGCUCGGCGCUGACCCGCGUGACGGCCGGCCUGGUGCUGGCGCUGCACCUGUGCUUCGGCUCGCUGACCUUCCGCUGCCCCAGCCCCGGGCCCCCCGUGGCCCUGCUGUGUGUGGGCAUGAUGCCCGCCAUGCCCCCCCGCCUGAUGCCCGCGCUGCAGGACGCGCUGGACCAGAUGCAGCGGCUGGAGGGGGGGCCAGAGCAGCUGCUGCAGAUCGCCCCCAUGGAGGAGCUGCUCAGAGGCCACCUACCUCACUUCCUGUGCUGCCUCAACGCCGCCGUCGCCAGGCAACGCCUGCACCUGCUGCUGCAGCAGGACCAGGCCAGCUGAGCACCACACACACACACACACACACACACACACACACACACACAUAUAUAUAUACACACACACACACAUAUA